CCAGACGGGCACAAAUCAGCUUUUGUUUAGUGCUGAAGGAAAUGGGGUGACUUUCAGUUCCCCUAGUGAAGUGAUGGUACCCAGGAGCUGAGCAUCCACGGGCAAAAGGGACAAGCGAGCACCGGGGGUGACAGCUGUCGUGCCUUUAUCAAGAGUGGCCAUGGAAAAGUGACAACAGGAGGAAGGAGAGCAAACGGAAGCAGGAGCGAGGCCGGGAAGGGGACAGGAGUGAGGCUGGAUGGGUGCAGGGGCGCUGGGGAAGCAGCGGAGGGGCCGGCGCUGCGGGCUGCGGUGCUUUCUGGGCGGCUGCGCAGGGGUUAAGCGGAGGAAUCCGCCUGCAUUCCUGAGUCCAGCUGCUUGCCUGGAAGCUGGGCUGGCAACGGGGCUGUGGGUGGGUGGCAGGCAGCGAGGGGGGCCCGGCCGGGCGAUGGAGCCGACCGGGCUGGGCGAUGGGACCGGCAUGCCGUGUGGCCCGUGGGCAGCUCUGGGUGCUGGCAGCCGCCCCGCAGCACGGCCACCCCUGGCCCCAUCGGAUACAGCUGCCGGGGCGGUAUCUUUGUCUCCGUGGCCCUUGGCUCACCUCCGAGCGGGGAAUCACGCGGAUGUUCAGGGGAGAAGCGAGAAUCGGGGGCACGCAGGGAUUUGCAGGGUUGUCGCAGAUUAAAUUCUGCCUGCAGCAAGAGGGGUGUGCGGGCGAGAGACGGGAACGGCGCCUCCGAGCCUCGCUGCGAGCUCUGUAACCGCCGUGUCCGGGCUCGCUUCACCUCUUCCUCUUUAACCACCGAGCUGCGGGGCCAGGAGCUGGGCGAGCUCGGCUUCCUCUGCCCGAGCUCCCUGCACGCCACAUCCCCGGAGCCUUUGCUCUCCGCCCAGGGAUUAAAACCGGGUCCGCGGCUGUGGGAGGAAGGGGAUGGAGCAGGCUGACACCCAGAUGCAGCACCCGGGCAGGGUCUCCUUCAAGUUCAUUGACAAGAUGCAGUUGAAUGACUCCAUCUGCUAUGUGAAAGCUGCCUUUCCCCUGAUGGGCAAGAUCCUGGAGCGAACAGAGUUCAAGGAGAACUCGUCCAACGCCCGGAAGAUGCAGACGGUGCGCAGGAUGUACAACCACAUCGAUGAGAGCGUGGAGCCCUGCAUCAGGGAGGAGGAUGAAGAGGAGAGAAUGCUCUCACAGAUGUGCUUCAAGGAGUUCACCACCUCCCCCUACGAGAUGCUGGUGUUGGUGAAGGAUUUCUUCCAAGACAUCAAGCGUCUGCUGCAGAACCAGGAGACUUUUGAGAAGGAUUGCAGCCGAGUCUACCGCAGGGCCUGCCCGGGACCCAAGAAGGCUGGAUCCUCACCAGGUGUGGGGACAGAUCCUGACUGCAAUUGCCUGUCCCCUGCCCUCCCUUCUGCCACCCAGCCCUCCCUCUCUGCUGCCAGUGGCAGGGACACGGCACCCGCUAGCACCCAGGUCCCUUCCAGCCUCCUCCAUGCCACCCUCGCUGAUUUAGAGGCCCCAUCUCAGCCCCCCAGUAGCACGGAUGGGGGCUCAGGGACCGAGGAGGUCCCGGGUGCCAUGGUAGGUGACACAGCGCUGGUGUUGGCCCCUGGGAUGAAGCAGACAGCUCCAGCCAGCAGUGCCGAAGCCCUCCAAGAUCCGACCAGGACGCUGAGCUUGGCACUGGGUGACAUCCCCGUCCUCCGUGGGGAUGGAGAGCUGGUGGAGUGGGGCACCGGCCAGCUGCCACAGGAUGCAGGCCAGCAGUGGGGAGGCUCCGUCCUCCCGAAUCAACUCGGCGGGCUCGGGACCACCCCUCCGACAGCAUCGCCCAGCGCUGGCUCCGCGGGCGGCAGAGCCAGGAUCCGUCCUGCGGCAGCGGCCGAGCCCGUGACACAGCUGCGCUUCUCCAGGAUGGCCCCAGAGCUGCGAGCCCCGGGCAGCCCCGGCGACGGGGCCAGGGCGUGGGGCUGGGGGCUGAGCCGGCUGCGGGGCCCCGAGGACGGCGGCGGGGCCGGGCCGAGCUUUGACUCUGGCUUUGUUCUGGGCGCAGAGCAGCGCAGGAAGGAGCCGCCCGCCAGGGAGGGCCGCCAGGAGCCCCUCAUCUACAUUACGGUGGCCAGUGUGGUGGCCGUCCUGCUGGCCACGGGAGGGCUGCUCUUCUACAAGUAUAAAUCCAGGGUCCUAGAGCGGCCGCUGGAAGAUGGAAGCUGUGACCCCGAGGAGCCAGAGAGGAGGGCGCUGCAGGGAGCAAGGGAAUGUUCAGAGCUGGAGACUCAGGAUCUCUGAGGGCCCCAGGCAGGAUGUGAAGCUGCUCGGGGGAUGGAUCCGGAUGGAAGGAGGGUUGGCACGCGCCAGCCUUGCCGUGAUCCCACCGUGAUGCUGACACUCCCUCUUCCCUUGCCCCGUGCCGGUGGCCAGAGACGGCAAAAAAAACUCCCUGGCAUGGACAAAAGGAUGGGGGGAUGUGCCCUGAGUGGGACCCCCGGGCACUGGGAAGUGAAGGGACCAUGACUGCAGGCUUUGCUGGGACAGCAAUGCUGAUGAGACGCUGCAGUGCUGAGCAGGACGAUGGAGAUGCUGGAUGUGGGAUGAUGGAUCCCGCUUGGACAUGGUCGAUGCUGGAUGAAGACGGAGGGGAUCGGCUCCCCAAAUCCUCUGGCUCUUGUCUCACCCCAGCAGACUGGGUUUGGAGCAGCACCCAUCGCCCCCUUCACCCUGCCUUUCCUGAGGCUUCAACUGGAGCAUCCUGAAUUCCGGGGGGUCAGUCCUGAGGCACCCAGCCCUGACUUGCAACUCAAACCCUCACACUGUGAAUAUUUAAAGCCCACCUGUGCCCAUGUCCCUGCAUGGGGCUGGGUUUGGGGUGACCCUUGGCACCGUCCCAGUCCCUCCCCAUCCUCCUGUUGAUAGGGCUUAUUUUUUUUUUUAAUAGAGUGGAUGAAAGUCUUUGUCCUGCACAAGUGUUCAGGGGGGCCGUGUGCCCCUCACAGGGUCCUCGCUGCGAGCUGGCCUCGCUGGGAUUCCAUUUCUUUGGUGACUGCGCUUUGGAGAAGGGAAUGGGGCUGGGAAGGAUGGGAUCCAUGUGGGAACUGCCCCAGCUGGGCACCCUGGGCCUUCUUGGUACAGCCCCACUCGUGGGCUUUGGGAAGAGCCUGGUUUGGGAUGCACCAGCCCUGGAGAUGCCCCCAAACUUCCUCCAGCCCCGGAUGAAGCGUGGCCCGCGCUGCUCUGGGAGUUUCAAGUAUUAUUUUUAUAUGAAGGAUGAAAAUAUGGACAAACCCAACUGUUUUUAAAGAAAGCAUUACUAUUAAUUUGGGGUUUAUAUAUAUAUAUCUAUAUGUGUGUGUAUGUAUUUAUGACUGGCAGAAGGAGGGGGUUCCUGGGCGAGGAACUGGUGUAAGUCAGGAUGAAAGCCCUGAUGCAGCAGGAAGUCUGGGGCCAAACUCCUGGUGGUGUAAGUCACCAGUUUACACUGUGGAGGAGCUGCUCCUGGGGGAGAAAACUUGCCUUUACCCAUGUUGGAUUUAUUUUGCCUUUUUUAUUGUUGUUGUUGAGUUGGGGUUUUUUGUUGGUUUUGGGGUGUUUUUUUGUU